AUGAGUAACCUUGGAGGUUUCCAGGACGAUGUCCUGGCCAAGGCCCACGUUCCCUCGGCCACCAUCCAGGGCACCGAGAAGGAGAUCCACGCCGGCCGCGGCUCGUUCGACGUGACCGCCGCCGCCGCUCCCCCGAUCGACGAGGUCUACGACUCAAAGUCCGACGAUGACUACGCGGACAAGCCCACGGAGGAGGAGCUUCGCACCCUCCGUCGCGUGUCCGGUCCCAUCAACUGGAGCAUGUACACCAUCGCCUUCGCCGAGCUGUGCGAGCGUUUCUCCUACUACGGUUCCUCCAUCCUGUACACCAACUUCGUCAUGCGCCCCAUGCCGGAGGGUUCCAGGACCGGUGCUACCUACAGCGGCGACAACCGCACGCCCGGUGCCCUCGGCAUGGGUCAGAGAGCAUCUCAGGGUGUCUCGCUGGUCAACAUGUUCUGGGCCUACAUCACUCCUCUGUUCGGUGCCUGGUUGGCCGAUGCCAAGUUUGGUCGUUACAAGGUCAUUCACAUCGCCAUCGUCGUCUCUACCGUUGCCCACAUCAUUCUCACCAUCGCCGCCGCGCCCGCCGUCCUCGAGAAGGGCAAGGUCGCCUUCGCCCCGUUCUUCCUCGGCCUCUUCACCCUCUGCACCGGAACCGGUCUCUUCAAGGCCAACAUCUCACCCAUGCUGGCUGAGCAGAACCAGGACACCCACAUGCGCGUCGUUGAGCAGAAGGGCGAGCGCGUGAUUGUCGACCCCGCGGUCACCAACACCCGUAUCUUCCUGUGGUUCUACUUCGCCAUCAACGUCGGUGCCACCUCCGGCCAGAUCUCCAUGGUCUUCGUCGAGAAAUACCACAGCUUCUGGCUUGCUUUCUUGCUGCCCACCAUCCUCUUCCUCAUCUGCCCCGUCGUCCUCUGGUCCAACUACAAGAGAUACCACCUCACUCCUCCCACCGGCUCCGUCCUCGAGAAGUUCCUGAAGAUGUUCAACUUCGCCCGCAAGCGCUCCGGCGGCAUCACCAAGAUCCAGUUCGAUCACGCCAAGCCCAGCAACGUCCCCGUCGCCGAGCGCCCCGGCUGGUUGACCUACGACGAUGCCUGGGUCGACGAGUGCCGUCGUGGUCUCCGGGCCUGCAAAGUCUUCCUCUUCCUGCCCGUCUUCUUCCUCGCCUACAACCAGAUGACCAACAACCUGACCUCCCAGGCCGGCUCCAUGGUCCUGAACGGCGCUCCCAACGACGUCAUCCAGAACCUCAACCCCCUGUCCAUCAUCAUCAUGAUCCCCAUCCUCGACAAGUUCGUCUACCCCGGUUUCCGCCGCAUGGGCUUCAACUUCACCCCCAUCAAGCGUAUGACCACCGGUUUCUUCUUCGCCGCCGCCUCCAUGAUCGCCGCCGCCGUCAUGCAGCACUACAUCUACCAGAUGUCCCCCUGCGGCAAGUACGCCACCAUCUGCGAGGAGGGUCCCGCCGACAUCAACGUCUGGGCCCAGUGCCUCCCCUACAUCUUCAUCGGUCUGGCCGAGAUCUUCACCAACGUCACCUCGUACGAGUACGCCUUCUCCAAGGCCCCCGAGAACAUGAAGUCCCUCGUCAUGUCCGUCAACCUCGCCAUGAGCGCCAUCUCCGCCGCCAUCGGCCAGGCCUGGACUCCUCUGUCCGAGGACCCCCUCCUCGUCUGGAACUACGCCUCCGUCGCCAUCAUCGCCUUCGUCGGCGGUGUCGCUUUCUACUUCUGCUUCAAGCACCUAGACGCCGAGGAGGACCAACUCAACUCCCUCAAGAAGACCAAGUUCGUCGGCAACAACCAGCCCACCGCUGCUGCCCAGGACGCCAUCCACCCGCCUGUCCACUCCGACAAGGUCUAA